AUGAAAAAUACAACUCUGGGGUUGAUAAGAAAGACUCCAAGGUCGAUAGGCGAAAUGUUCCAAAAGACGGUUAGGCUACGACUACUGGGCUUGGCACUAUAUCCACGACUUAGUCAAUGUCUACGUUUACGUUGUGUAAGCUUUGUUCGACACAAUACUAUAGAUAGAUUUUCUACAGUCUCUAUCGGUAAGGACAAUAAUAGCAAGGAAAACAAGAAGCUUUGCUGGACAAAGAGUGGAGAUAGUUUGCUGCCGCUGGAACUAUAUGGAUCUGUGAAUGCUCCUAAGUUGGUGACGAGUAUAUCUACAGCUGAAGAGAAAAUUGUGGAAAACAUUUUGCGAAUAUAUGACACAAGCGAAUUGAGAAGAACCAUUUCGGAAUUGGAAGCAAUGUCUUGUCUUGAUGAACUGCCAUGUAUUGAGUUUUUGAUCAAGUCACAAAGUGUUGACUUUAAGAUUACCAAUAAUAUUUGGAUGCGGUAUAGGAAAAGCUGCAAAAGUCAGCAAGAGAUUGACAAAGUUGAUUGGUUGUACUUGUACUUAUUUAGAUUCAAUGCGAGCAUGAACACUGUUCCAAACUUUUCCCACCAAUGGAUGAAAAUAAGUCAAAACAAUACUAGUCUUUUCCCGCUUUAUAUGCUGAGUUAUAUCUGCACGCUUAUCAAUACUAAGCAAAGCGAACUUGCCAUUCAGUACUUUAUGCAAUUGUUGAAUGAUGAAACGAUCAACGAUAUUGAAUAUCUACCAAUAGCGAAAAUGAUACAAGUUUUGAUUGAAGAAGAUGACCAUAAAAACUUGCUUCGAGUUUUGGAAGUCGUAGCGUCUCGCCAACUCGCCUUGAUUUCCGAUAGUUUAUGGGUGAAUAUAUUAGAGUAUGGGUUGAAAAUGAACAACUACGAUAUUGUGCUACAUACCUAUCGAAAUUUCAUAAUGAGACAGUUUCCAUUGGCAAAAAUCACUAUUGAUGAUGUAAUUCUACAGCGUGAAAAGCCCAAUGAUUUACUUUUCAUCUCUUUUACCAACAGCCUAUUAAUGCAAAUCUUGCGGUGUUUUUCCUCGCAUGGAGAUGUUGAUCUGACAAUAGAUCUCAUUGAAAGUCAUUUUUUCCACAAAGUUGUUGCUGGAAGAGAAACCAUGAGCGCAGAGCUCUGUGUACAAAUUAUAGAAAGUCAUUGCUAUAGAAAGUCACAAGGUACUGAAACUGAAACUGAAACCGAAACUGAAAUUGGAAAUUCCAUCCAGUCUAUUGUUGAGUUGAUUGAUGUUUUUAUAAGACAAAGCUUUGCUUCGCGGUCGGAGCAAAUUGAGGCUGAGGAUUUGUUUUUACCCGUGAGUCUGAAACUUGCUUCCUUAGGUAUAGGCAGCGAGGAUUGUAUUGUCACCGAAUUUGAGAUGAACCAGGUGUUGAAAAGCAUUAGAGAAAAUGACUUUCAUGACAGAACAGUGAAAAUAUUCAAUGCUUGUUUAUUAAAUUAUAUCUUAAACUACGAGGUGCAUAGGGAGACAUUACAGAUGGUAUGUUUUUGCGAAUUUAGCCCCGCCUAG